AUGUUACCCAGCGUCGCAGCUCACGCGGUGCUCCAGUUAUGCAUCCACGUGCUUGGCAUGCUUCUCCUCCUUGCGUGCGUGGGUGGGAAUCCUGCUAACGCGCGGGUGAUCCCGUCAUUUUCCAACGAGCGUCGCAUGAAUAGGACCUCAAGCGGUCUGGAAAUACUUGCAGUCAGUGGGUGCGAGCGACCGUUGCAGCCUGGUAGAAGCCGGGAAACGUACCGAUGUUUUGCCAACGGAGUGUUGAAGCAUCCUGUGACGCUUACGAUCCGUGGACGGGGGUUUCCGCUGGAAUCCCCUCUGAGGGUUUUUCUGAGGGAGCGUCCCCCAAUUCCGCUACGCUGCGAGGAGGGAAAUAAUGAAUGCAACUUGAUUGGUAUGGAGUGCGCCAACGUUCAACGGUCGACAAUAUUCCCGCAACAGAUUUUGUCAUGCACGCUUCCACACCCUUCUGAGAAGCUCCAGGAGAAACCACACUGGCUUCAACGCCUCGCACAAGAUGCCAUCUGGAUGGAUGUAGAACUACAGAUGACGAUAAAAGGGACGAAGAAUUCAACAAGUACGCAAACUCAGAAACGCGUUACCAUUGGAGUUUUGAGUCGUGCCGUGCAGUUAACUCUUACAGAGGAGAAUUCCAACACCGGAGUGAAGAACAGCGAUGUUCACGAGAUGUUUGAAGACCCCCUGGAAUAUUUUUUCCGCAACAAGGAUGAUUCGUUAGAUGCUCAUAGCCAAUGGAUUGCAAUUGGCAUUGGUGGUUUAAAGGAUCAGUUGCAUGCAUUGUACCGUCGUGUGUUUCUUAGCCGCCUUUCUUCUCUUCGUGAUGUGGUCGAGGCAGUAAAAAUACCACACGUACGAGGAGUGCUACUGCACGGUCCCCCGGGUAAUGGAAAGACUCUCAUUGCUCGUACCGUUGCCACCUUACUCGAUGGCAGUGCAAGGGUGACAAUUGUCCAUGGAGCCGACAUUCUCUCAAAGUACGUUGGGGAUUCUGAGAAGAAUCUGCGAAAACUUUUUGUGGGUGCUGAGGCUGCUGCUGAUGAGGGUGAUGCUAAUGUGAUGGGAGAGAGACAUGAUGGAAUGAGAGAAAGCGGAACGACGAGGCAACUGCAUGUCAUUGUUAUUGAUGAGAUUGAGUCGUUUUUUAGGCGACGUGGGGGGUCGAGUGAUGAAAGUUCUGCUAAGGCCGUCUACGAUGGUUUGACAAAUGGACUGCUGGCGCUCAUGGACGGCUUGGAGGAUGCGGACAACAUUCUCGUGAUUGGCCUUACCAACCAACUGCACGUCAUUGACCGUGCAUUACUUCGUCCUGGUCGGUUUGAGGUGGUGAUAGAAAUCCCUCCUCCUGAUCUUGAGGGUCGUAGGGACAUGUUAUUUAUCCACACACGUGAGUUGCGUGAGGGACACCACCUCGCACCUGAUGUAGACUUAGAGCUUUUGGCCACUCGCAGCGGGGGCUUUUCGGGGGCAGAUGUUGCUGGGAUGGUCAGGGCGGCCUCGAGCCACGCGUUGAUACGUUACCGCGACGCCCUUGGGAAGGUCUCCGCCAAGACCAGCAAUGAGGCCUCCAGUGACACAGGUAAAACGGUGCACCAAUUCCAGGUAUCGAAGGAGGAUUUUGAGCUUGCGUUUCAGGACAUAUUGGAGGGCAAAGCGCAGAUUACGCCAGGAGAACAGUUGGGCGAUAAUAAUAAUAAUAAUAAUAAUAAUGGGGCAAAUUUUCCACUCGUCGACUACGAUGGUUCUUUCAGUCGGAACAUGAACGCAGCGCGUCGGCUGCUGCAAAGUAUCCUUCACAGCCGUGUCGCAGAUGCUGCUGUUAUCAUUAUCUACGGCCCACCCGGGACGGGAAAAACCGUACUUGCUCGGGAGUUACUGCAACUUGGACGCUUUGACCCCACAAUGCAUCUAACAGGCAGUGUACUGUAUGGUCAUCCUCACGAGAACCCGAUGGAUGAACUUAUUGCCACUCUGCGUGAUGCGGUUCACACCAAAGGGAAUCGCAGCAUCGUGAUCGAGAAUUUAGAUCACUACCUUCGAGGCAGUGGUUCAAUGUCCAGCGAGGUUUUUAAACUUGCUCUCCAGGAGUUUAGAAAGACCACCUAUUCACAAGGAGCUUCCCACGUUUAUGGGACCGCAGCAAGGACCUCUUCCCCUAGUAAAAAAUUGCUGAUUUUGGCGACUUCCAAUAAGGAAUUACUUCAUGACCUGAUGCAUGGUGCUGAGUACGAUUUGCUGUUGUCUCUCCGUUUGAUGAAACGCAAAGAUAUCAUGCCGUUGUUGCGUCAUUACUCCAUAAUUCCCCCAAAAAUGCCAAUUGCAGACGAGGUGGUACGCGCCUAUCCAGCACGACUAAGCUACCGUCAGUUUCUGAGAAUUACGGAUCUUGCAUUAUGGAGGGCAUAUGACACUCUACGGAGUGCUAGUAGCGCUGGAAAUGACCAUGACGCGGCGUUGUUCUCCAGGGUAAAUGCUUUUUUUCUUCAAGCCGGACACGGCUCUCUGGGCAACGACAAUGCGCAUUCCCUCACCAGCAAGGAACAUUUAAGGAAAUUUGCUGCUGCUGUUCAGGAGGUUGUGUCAACGAUGGGGUUAGUGGACACCUUUCAUGACCUCUUACCGGUGGACGACACCGUCAACGGGGACGAGAUUCCCUGGUAA